AUGGUAUAUAACCAAAUUGUCAUGUUUGCCAACAAUUCAAAUGAUGACGGUGUUAAAUCAAAUGAACUAGUGGCGAAGAAGGAAUAUCUUGCUGCUGAAAAUGAUGGAAGUGGUUCCAACAUCCAGACACAGCAACCUUAUAGUGCUAAUACUCUUAAUAUCACAGGGGGGGUUAAUUUAACUUCUAAUACACCAAUUAUAGAGAUCGCUACUUAUUCCGAAAUUGAUGUAUACGAAUGUUAUGUGCGUGGAUUUGAAUCCAGAAUUGUAAUGAGACGUAAGAAUAAUGAUUGGGUUAAUAUAACUCAAGUGUUGAAGUUAGCAUCUUUCUCGAAGACAAAAAGGACUAAGAUCAUUGAGAAAGAAUCGAUGAAUAUGGAACAUGAAAAAGUUCAAGGUGGGUAUGGAAGAUUUCAAGGUACGUGGAUACCAUUAAGUUCAACAAAAGAAUUAAUUGAGAAGUAUAAUAUUGAUGAUCCGGUAAUAUCAGCUUUGGUCAAUUUUGUGUUGGAUCCGGAUAAUCCUCCACCAAGAAGAAGUAAAAACAGUAUUUUGAAGAAAACUUCACCAGGUAUGAAGAUUAAUUCACCAUCAAGCUAUAAUAAAACACCAAAAAAGAAUAAUGUUAUUUCAGGUUCAUCUACAUCAACUUCGACUAAUGGUAAUAAAAAAAAUAGAAAGAAAUUUGGUAGUGGUUCCGGUCAAUUAUUACGAAUUAAUCCAAGUCCUUUAAGUAAUGUUUUUCAAACACCUCAGUUACCUAACGGCACCUCUCAUUCUAAUGGGAAUAUGAGUGCUAAUACUAUAAUUGAUACCACAGUUGAAUCAGUAUCUACAUUAAGUAAUACAGAAGUGCCAAAUGUAGAAGGACAAAAAGAGACUAAUAAUACUAGUAGGAAUCCUUCUUUUGCAGCAAACGGUUAUUCAGCAACACAGAAGCCUUUGCAAUUCUUUCCGGUCCCAACUAUUUCAGGGUAUAACAGUGUAAAUAACAAUAACAAUCUAAAUUCUAAUUCCAAUGUGAACGUUGUAAGGAAACCAAUUAAUUCUAACAAAGAUCAACUAAAAUUUGAAAAAAAUGGUACUAAAAAUCCAAAAGAAUCGUCAUUCUUAACUUUUAUUCCAGAUUCACGUAACAAAACAUUUACUUCCUCUGAACAUAUGUCUGUAAACCCCGUGCAUUAUAAUAACUCUCAUAUGAACAAUAAAGACUCUAAGGAUAAUACGAAGAAUACGAAGAGAAGAAAGAAAAAAAUGGACGAUGACGAAAAUAAUGAUUUUAAUGAUGAAAAUAGCAUGAUCAGAAAUGGCAAUGCUACAGUCCAAGAUAAAACCCAACAAAAUUUUAAGGUAAUUAAACAGCAAAUGAUAGGAUCUAAUUUUCAUAAUUUGUCAUUGCCUAAUAGUAGCAGAAGCAUACAAUCAAACUCAGCUGUUUCUUCAUCCUCGACACAUGUUCCUUCGGAAUCAACUCCAUAUUCUCAAUUUAAAAUAACAGCCAAUGAUAUUCCUGUUGUAUCAGAACAAGAAUACAAAGAAAUUAUACUUCAAACAUUAUCAUCUGAAGAUAUAAUUGAUGCGAGCUCGUUGCCAUUAGUACUUUAUCACCCUCCUGCAUCUCUAGACAUUAAUUUUGAGGUUGACAAUCAAGGCCACACUGCAUUACAUUGGGCUACGGCCAUGUCCAAUGUUCCUUUAAUUAAAUUACUGAUCUCUAUGAAUAUCGACAUUUUCAAAAGUAAUAAAAGAGGUUUUAACUGUAUUACAAAAAUGAUAUUCUAUAAUAAUUGUUAUAAAGCUGGUACUUUUGCCGAAAUUAUAUCUAUAUUAAAAAUGUGUUUGAUUACAUCUGAUGAUAAUAAUAGAAUUCCACUACAUUACCUAGUGGAAUUGUCAGUAAACAAAUCAAAAGAUCCUCAGGUUAUUAACUACUAUAUCGAAACAAUUUUCAAGAUUUUAGCAAAUGAGAAUUACUCUCUGUUAAGAUUAUGUUUAUAUCAUCAAGAUAACAUGGGAAAUACUUUGUUGCAUUUAGCCGCUUUGAACUUGAAUAUUGAUUUAUACAAUAAACUAAUUGAACUUGGUGCUUCAAAGGAUAUACCAAAUUUUGAUUCUAAAACGCCAGCCGCUAUUUUAUCCAAAUUUAACUUAUUACCUAAUGAAGACAUUGAAAACAUAGAAUAUAUGCAAGGUAUUGAAUUACAAGAAGGUUUCCAAAGCCCACAAUCUAAUAAACCAAAAUAUGAACACUUGAAUAAUGAACAUAAGAAGCACACUAAUUUGGAUAUCAAUGUUAUCAACAGCCCCUACAGAGUAAAACUACAUAACAAUAAUGAGCAUAACCUUCUUGGUCAUGAAAUCUCUAAUAAUGAUACUUUUACGAUGGAAGACAUUUCAGAAUUGGAUAAUUUAGUUACCUCAUCGGUGGUAAAAGAUACAGAUGAAUUGCAUCAUAAUUUAUUGAAAAAUUCUCCAAUGCUUUAUAAAUCCAAAUCAAAUUCUGAGUUGGGAAGGAAUGUUCUCCAACAACCUAUUACAUUGAAUGAACCAAAAGCUCGUAAUCCUUCGAAUUCAGUUUUUGAUAAUGAUAUGACAACAGAAGAAAGUAUCUCAAACAUCCACGACAUAGAAGAUGAUUUAAGUAUUGGAUCUAACUCGGUAAAACAAACGUAUAAAUUAGCUAUUCUCACAUCUAAUUUAAAUAAAUCGAUUAAAAGCGAUGUGAGAAAUAUGCAAGAAGAAAUCUCAAAAAACAAAAGAAAAGUAGACGUCAUUAAUUACCAACUAGAGGGCGUUGAUAACCAGAGGAAAACAUUGAUUGAUCAGAUGAGUAAAAAUUUUAAAAUUAACAAAAUCGAUGAGUUGCAUGAUAAAUUGAAGAGUCUUCAUGAGGAAAAGGAUGCAUUAAAGAAACAAUUCCUUGAAAAAUUUGAAAGAACACAACAUAAGAUAUAUUUACAAAAUGUAAAAGAUAUUGAAUCUAGUGAAUUGAAAAAUACUUACAAUGGUCAGUCAAUUGAAAUGCUAGCCAAAGAGGAUAUCAAAAAGUUAAUUGAAGAGGUUAAAAACUCAAAAGAACAGAAAAGAACGACCAUCAAAAACAUUGCUGAUGCUGUGGCAACAAUGACUUCUUCAGAUAAGAUCGAGAAGUACAGAAAACUAAUUGGGCUUACAAUUGAAAAUGUUGAUGCAAAACUAGAUGAAAUCGAAUAUGAGCUCAGCAUGAACAUGUGA